AUGGCCGAGCAGCUGUCUGAAGAGCAGGUGGCCGAGUUCAAGGCGGCUUUCUCCAGAUUUGACAAGAACGGCGAUGGCACCAUCAACACCCAGGAGCUGGGCGCCGUGAUGCAGGCUCUGGGCAAGGAUCUGUCGGAGGCCGAGCUGAAGGAGCUCAUCGCCCUGGUGGACACGGAUAGCGACGGUGUCAUCAGCUUCCAGGAGUUCCUGGCAGAGAUGAUCAAGAGGAUGAAGUCCUGGGGCAGCAAGCAGGACGUGCAGGAGGUCUUCCGCGCCUUUGACCUGGAUGGCAACGGCCGCAUCAGUGUGGACGAGCUCAAGCAGGCCAUGGCCAAGCUGGGCCAGACACUGUCCCAGGAGGAAGUGGACGCCAUGAUCCAGGAGGCCGACGUAGACAAGGAUGGGCAGGUGGACUACCAGGAGUUCCUGCGCAUCCUCUCCCAGAAGUGAGACCCGGCCCUGGCCCGUCUCCUGACUGACUCUGGUCCUCAUGCCUUCUCGGGGCCCCUGCUUCUGUGGCAGGGACGUCAAGGGGAAGUCUGGGUGGUGGAUGGGAGAUUACCUGUUGGUGGGAA